ACUCGCGCACGCGCAGCCGCCUCCAAUUUGCGAACAACAGAUAAUCGUCGUCUGGUCGCUUGUGUAAAAAUGCCUACAAUACCUGCUGAUCGGACAGUGUCGUUAUACACGCAUUCUAAACAUACAUGUAUUGCAGUGUGCAGCGGGCAGUGUGUAUAUUAUAUGCGUGAUCAGAUGACACGAUGAUGACAAACACUUCAAAAACCCGACAAAAGUCCAUGAAACGACGAUGAAAAGAGGCACUUGGGCCUUUUAAAUGCCUAGCCUUUUGUGACGUUAAGAAUAAACGUGAGUUAUUUUCAGUCAUGGGUAACAAUGCGAACGACAACGAUUUCAAGUGGUAUCACGGCAAUAUGUCACGCCGUUUUGCCAAGGAUCUACUACUGCGAGAUCCGGACGUCGAGAAUGGUCUGUUUUUGGUGAGAACAAGCGGCACUUCCCCGGGUGAUUAUGUGCUUUCGGUCGUAUUCAAUGGCGAUGUUGUUCAUUAUCAAAUCCGGAAGCACGGAGAAGAUGCAUUUUUCUCCAUUGACGAUGAGACCACUAUACAUGGUUUGGAGACCCUUAUAGAGUAUUACCAAGAGGAUGCCAGAGGGCUGGUUACAAAAUUGACAAAACCAAUAAAAGGUCAAGCUCCCCCUCAUGAAACAAGGCGGCAUGGCAAUACUAAUCUGCUGCACAGAGCCACGUUACAAAAUAAUUAUUGCAUUGUCUCAGAGCUUGUGAAAUGUGGAGAUCGAAAUUUAGAUGCUAAAAAUCAAGUGGGACAAACAGCUGUUCAUUUAGCUGCAAUAGAUGGUUUGAAAGAAAUUUUGGAGAAACUCAUCGAGAGCAAUGCUAGUGUUAACUGCAGAGAUACAGCUGGAUACACCCCUUUACAUUAUGCUUGUCAAGGAAAUUUUCCUGAAAUUGUAGAAAUAUUAAUUGCUGGUGGUGCCAAUAUCCAAGCGCGUCAUACAAAAACAGGAAUGGUUCCACUUCAUGAGGCUGCAGACAAAGGUUACCUAGAAAUAGUGGAGAUUUUACUCAAACACAAUGCACCUGUUAAUCCAAGAACAGUUGCUGAUGAGGUACCUGCAGAUCUUGCAAAAAAAAAUGGCCAUACUGAGUGUGAACAAUUUCUAUGUAACUAUGACAGACCAACGAAUGAAAAAAAAUCCAGUUGGUACCAUGGAACAUUAGAUAGAAUGGAAGCUAUUCAUUUACUAAAUGAAAGUGGAGGUAAAGAUGGGUCAUUUUUAGUUCGUCGUAGUGAUAGGCACGACGGCAUUUACGUUUUAACAAUUUUAUACGGUGGACAAACGUUUAACUUUCAGAUUCAGAAGAUGAAACUGCAGGGUCACUUUUUAUUCAUUGACAAUGGGCCAUAUCUUCCUUCUUUAGAACAUGUUAUUGAUCAUUAUCGACGAAUGCCAGAUGGUCUUCCUGGUCCAUUAAUACAUGCUGUGGCACCAAUUCCAAAACCACCUGUUCCUGAAAUGCCUCCAUCUAUAUUCAAUGGGGAUACUUUAAGGAAAAAAAAAGAAUCAUUAUCAAAAUCUGUGCUUGAAGCAGCUUUUCCAGCUCCAACUAGCUCUUGCAAUAUAGAUGAUGAAAUUGACAUUAAAAUAGAAGAUAAUCAAGAUCUUCAUUGUGCUGUUCCUGCAAUUAUUGAAAGUGAUAAUGAGACACCAAUGCCAGAGAGUGAAGGUAUUAUUCUAAAAAAAUCGGAUAGUACAGCUUUCACACCUGGAGAGAAUUUGAUCCUUGGUGAAGUAUUGGGCGAAGGAGAAUUUGGUGCUGUUCACGAGGGUCUCUACAUAACACCCAGCGGUACUCAACAACCUGUUGCCAUAAAAAUGUUAAGAGAUAAGACUAGUCCAUCUACUCGAGAAGAGUUUUUGAGAGAAGCGCGUCUAAUGAUGUCAUUUGAUCAUCAUUGUAUCGUUAAAAUGAUCGGAUUUUCAGAAGGACCGCCAUUACUUAUGGUGCAAGAACUGGUGCCAUUAGGAUCGAUGUUGGCGUAUCUUUUAGAAUUCCCAGAUAGAGUUAGUCCUAACUAUGAGCUCAAAAUUUGGGCAACACACAUAGCCUGCGGUAUGAAGUAUUUGGAAGAUAUAAGACUUGUACAUCGAGAUUUAGCAGCCCGAAACAUUUUGCUAGCGUCUAGAACUCAAGCCAAAAUAAGCGAUUUUGGCCUCUCUAGAACAUUUGGUAACAACGAUUAUUACAAAGCAACGGCUGGUGGAAAAUGGCCUAUAAAAUGGUACGCUCCUGAAUCGUUUAAUUAUGGAGCUUUUUCAACUGCCAGUGACGUUUGGAGCUAUGGCGUGACGCUUUGGGAAAUGUUUUCUUAUGGAGAGCAGCCAUACGGAGACAUGAAGGGAACCGAAGUUAUUGAACUUAUUGAACGAGGUGAACGACUACCUCAGACAGAAAAGUGUCCUGAUUACGUUUAUCAUGUAAUGCUGAGAUGUUGGAAUCUACGGAUUUCGGAACGACCGACAUUCAAAGAAUUGAUGGAUAUUUUCAGCAAUGAUCCAGAAUACGCCAAUUUGGGUGAUCUUGCUAUGCUGGAAAAUCUGAGCUGAUGUGCGAGAUAAAUGUAUGCUAUUGCCAUUGGAUUUGUUUAUAAAGCAGGAUAAUUUUAUCUUGUCAUACCGUUAUUAUGUUUACUUUGAGAUUUUAAUCAUACACGUUAUAUGUAUACAAUAAUUCUUUUGAAUUAGUUGAUGUAUGUUUAUACAUUUAUGUAUGCGUCUAUUUUUUACUGUACUUUUAAAAGCAACGGUUUUUUGGUAGGCUACGCUUGCCUGCUUUUUCUAUUGUUAUAAAUGAAUUUUUAGCGCUUCGAAAGUCCAUAAAUGUAAAAUAAACUUGGAUUUUUUAUAAUUAUAAAAAUUUUGUAACAUUUGAUCUGCAAUGUUUCAUAUUCUGUUAUAGAGAGAAUAGGUUUGUUAAAUAAUUGAAGAAAAUAUGUGGAAAAAGCAUUGAAAGUAUUUUUUAUCUCUUCAGAAUCAUUAAAUUGUACAAUUCCAACGAUGUAGACGAAAACGCUCGUUCAAUUGCAAUCACACUCUAAAAAUGUCUUGAAUUAACAAUUAACAAUGUGAUGUCCGCUAUACUCACCAUUCUCUAUUACAAAGUACUAAAUGUAAAUAUCAACAAUAAUUAUGAACACUCAUAAGAUUUAUAAAUUAUAUUUCAUUUAUUUUUUAAAUGUAUAAUAAUUAUCAAUAAAUAUAGUUAAAAUAGUCUAAAUGAAUUUAAUCUUAACGAACUUAGACUAGAUCUUUGAAACCAUUUUUUUCUAUGUUAUCUUCUGUAAGAAAUUCAUAUAAUGGAAUGCACAUUUACUUUCAUUAUAUUUCUCUUACUAUUCACCUAAAAAUUGUCUAUACAUUCUAUACAUGUUUAUGACCAUUGAUUAGAAAAUGAUACAAUUUUUUAUAAAAUAUACAAAGAACGUAAAAAAAGAACUAAGAUAUUUUAUAGGAGCAGUAUAUUUUUCAAUAAUGAUCUCCUAAACGGUAACAUACUCAUCAAUUUUAUUCUUUCAUUAACGUGUAUUAUUGUUACUAUCGACGAUGAAGAUAAAGUCUUAUUCAAAUUUA